AUGGGUUUGAGCAAAGAGACGCGAAUCAUCACCCUCUUGGUGAUCGAUGUCGUCUUCUUCUUCAUCGAAAUCAUCACCGGAUAUGCUGUCGGAUCUCUCGCUCUCGUAGCCGACUCCUUCCACAUGCUUAACGAUGUCAUGUCGCUCAUCGUCGCGCUGUGGGCCGUCAAACUCUCCACCAAGGACUCCGACCACCGCUUCAGUUACGGCUGGCAACGUGCAGAGAUCCUCGGCGCUCUCGUCAACGGCGUCUUCCUUCUAGCGCUCUGCUUCAGCAUCUUCAUGGAGGCCAUCCAGCGUUUCGUCAACAUCACCGAAGUAUCUAACCCUAAGCUCGUCAUCAUCGUUGGUUCUCUCGGUCUUGCCAGCAACCUUGUGGGUCUGCUCCUCUUCCACGACCACGGCCACGCUCACGGAGGUCACUCACACUCGCACGGUCACGGUGGUCACAGUCAUGCCACCAACAACCACAGCCACAGUCAUGCUGUUACCGAUUCUUCGGCUGGCUCCAACGGCGGCACUCACCAGGACACUGCUGCCUCCAAGGCCCGCAAGCCUACUGCGGACAUCAACUCUUCUUCAAACGACGACGGCACUCCCGCUAGUCCUGCUGCCAUCCGCGGACGUGGUCGUCAGGACAGCGUCGGCUCCAUCCUCGGCCAUCCCGCUCAAACGCGUGCCUUUGUCGUUCAAACAGCUCACGACCUCGGCUAUGAUGCUUCCGGCUCCAGGCACCAGCACUCCAACUCGAUCACAUCCCUCGGCGGAAACAACGAGCGCUCUCGCUUGCUCGCAAAUGGCUCCCAAGACUACGGUGCCACGGGCGCCAACUCUGAUCUCGAAGCUGCUGCCGGUUCUCCCGUCGCCCGCAAGAACGGUCAUUCCCACGACCAAGACUCGCACGCUGACCAUGACCACGAUCACGAUGAUGCCGAUCAUGCUGACGCACACGGUGCCUCCGGUGACGGCCACGCACACGGCGGUGGUCACUCUCACGGCAGCAUGAACAUGCAGGGUGUCUUCCUACACGUCCUCGGCGACGCUCUUGGCAACGUUGGUGUCAUCGCUGCUGGCCUCUUCAUCCUGUACUCGGACGCGUGGUGGAGGUUCUACUCGGAUCCCGCCAUCUCUUUCCUCAUCACCAUCAUCAUCUUCCACUCGGCGCUUCCGCUCUGCAAAUCUGCCUCGUACAUCUUGCUCCAAGGUGUUCCCGCUUCGGUCUCGCUCGAAGCCGUGCGUCACUCGAUCAUGGACGUCGACGGCGUUCUCAACCUGCACGAACUUCAUGUCUGGCAGUUGAGCGAGAGCAAGAUCGUCGCCUCUGUCCACGUCUUAGUCGACUGCUCGUCGGGUCAGACCGAGAAGUACAUGAACAUUGCAGCCAAGAUCCGUGCCAACCUGCACGGCUGGGGUAUUCACUCGAGCACCAUCCAGCCCGAGUUUGUCCCCGGUGGAUUGAGGGAAGCUGCCAUCCUGAGCGGUGUUCAGGUAGCAGAGAGCGACAAUCAAGGAAGGCUGCGAACCGUAGAAGGUAGACUCGUGGAGAGGGAAGUUCAGAAGGUAGACACAGCCUGCUUGAUCGCCUGCGGUGACGACAACGACUGCCAGACCGAAAGCUGCUGUCCUCCCUCGAACGCCGCCAGCAAACCGGGCUCGGGCGUCGUGACGCCGGAUCAGCAUUGA